AAGGCACACCACAUCUCGCCACCAAUCCUCAUCCUCAUCUUCACAUCCUUUUCCUCCUCGUUCGACCACCGGCGUUAUCUCUUCCAAAUCCAUGGAGCUCGACUGCGCCACCGAGCUCCGCCUCGGCCCUCCAGGAAGCAGCAGCAGCAGCGCCACCAGCUGCAGCGGCGACACCAAGAGGCCGUCGGCGAAGCGCACUCUCGACGACAGCCGCAGCGAGGCCUCGGGGACCGGCCCGGCCGCCGUGGACGACGACCAGGACACCACCACACCCGCCAAGGCACAAGUUGUCGGGUGGCCGCCGGUGAGGGCGUACAGGAAGAACACCUUCCAGGCGGCAGCAGCCGCCAAGAAGGCUGAGCAGCUGUUCGUGAAGGUCAGCAUGGAUGGGGCGCCGUACCUCAGGAAGGUCGACCUCGGGCUGUACAAGGGCUACAGGGAGCUCAGAGACGCGUUGGACGUGCUCUUCACCGCCAAGCCCUUCCCCGCCUCCGGCGCCGCCGACCAGCUCGCCGUCGCAUACGAGGACAAGGACGGCGACCUCAUGCUCGUCGGAGAUGUGCCAUGGGAUAUGUUCAUCUCUUCCUGCAAGAAGCUGAGGAUAAUGAAGGGGUCCGAGGCCAGGUGAUCAUGAUCAAGGCAGAGGCUCUGCGACACAUGGGAAAGGAUCAACGAUCGGGAACCAUGGCUGUACAGAGAGGUUUAGCAGUGCCUGUGCUUGUAUCCAAGAGGCUGAAACAUCUAAGAAAAAUAUGUGUAUAUAGUCCCAUCUUUUCCUUUUUCUUUCAGUAUGGGGAGUUUUUGAAUGAGCCAAGGCCGAGAAAAGAAAUAAGAAAAAAAAGAAGAGGAAUUUGACUUGA